AUGGCCAGUAAUACGUUGCGCAACGCCAAGAUCGAACAUAUUAUUUACAAUACCGGUACCAAAUGCGAAUGUGCUAUAAGUCUUAAAGCUGUUUUCUACCAAUCAUGUGUUGGUUCUGCUAUUUUUUACGUAUGGGAAUUGCAGACCCAAUAUCAUUUUGCAGUAUUCCGAGCGUUAGUUCUAAGCUGCAGAAUCUGCCAUAACUGGACUUCGAGUUAUAUCCCUCUUUGUGUUACACCAAUAUUCCCGGAGCUCGUGGAUGUUGAGUCCCCCGAAGACGGUGGGAUCUUGGUGAACGUCCAGAUGGAACAAUUCCUUGAGUUUCUGGUAUCCUCAUCUGCGGUAAAGAUGGGCAUUAACAGGCCCUUUCCUCGCUUCAAGAUCAUUUUCGAACCCUCGUCCAAACUUACAUUUUUGAGCUUUAGUGAAACAAAGAUGCCGUUGAUGUCAGAGAAUAACAAGUGA